AUCAGCAAAAGAGGUAGAUUACAAAACAAAUCCUAAACCCCCAACCAAAAUUCUUCUUCUCUCUUUGGCGACAAGAAAACCCAAAACAAUGUCGCAGGCAACAAUGGAAGUGGUGAAGAACUUGGACAUCAAAAGAUACAUGGGGAGGUGGUACGAGAUAGCUUCAUUCCCGUCAAGGUUUCAGCCAAGGAAUGGGGUGAACACAAGGGCUACCUAUACUUUGAACCAGGAUGGAACCGUGCAUGUGCUUAACGAGACUUGGACUGUUGGCAAAAGAGGGUAUAUAGAAGGCACCGCCUACAAGGCUGAUCCCAAGAGCGAUGAGGCAAAGCUCAAGGUUAAAUUUUAUGUUCCUCCUUUCUUGCCCAUCAUUCCUGUUGUUGGAGAUUACUGGGUUCUGUACAUCGACGAUGAUUAUCAGUAUGCUCUUAUUGGCCAGCCAAGCAGGAAUUAUCUCUGGAUACUGUGCAGGCAGACACAUAUGGAUGAUGGAAUCUACAAUCAUCUGGUGCAGAAAGCUGAAGCUGUGGGAUAUGAUGUUAGUAAACUGCACAAGACCGAACAAAGCGAUCCUCCACCAGAAGGAGAGAACACUUCUAACGACACCAAAGGCAUUUGGUGGAUCAAAUCCCUUUUUGGGAAGUAGAAAUCAUGGUUUUGUGGAAAUAUCGAAAUCCAGUACUCAAUAUUCCCACCUUGUGUUUGUUCUGCUAAGAAAUAGGUUGGCUUUCAGUUGAAUGUUUUAAAUAUGAAACUCUGAUCAAGUUAUAUGCAAUUCUGGUUGAAACUAAAGAGCAAUUACUUGGUUA